AUGUCUGCCUUGAACUCGUUCAAAAUGUACAAGAACGCCCUCAUUCUGGGUUCUCUCCUGGCGACAGCCCACGCUCAACAGAUUGGUAAUCUUACUGCUGAGACCCAGCCAUCUUUGUCCUGGUCCACUUGCACAUCAGGUGGCAGCUGUACCUCAAAGAGUGCCUCCAUUACUUUGGAUGCCAACUGGCGUUGGGUGCAUAGUGUCAAUGGCAGCACCAAUUGCUACACCGGUAACACUUGGGAUACAUCCAUCUGCGACACUGAUACUUCCUGCGCCCAGGACUGUGCUGUCGACGGUGCAGACUACUCGGGAACGUACGGUAUUACCACUUCAGGAAAUUCACUGCGUCUGAACUUCGUUACGGGCUCCAACGUUGGAUCCCGUACUUACCUGAUGGCCGAUAAGACGCAUUACCAACUCUUCAACCUGUUGAACCAGGAGUUCACUUUCACGGUCGAUGCGUCUACCCUCCCAUGUGGUUUGAACGGCGCUCUCUACUUUGUCUCCAUGGAUGCAGAUGGAGGUGUCUCAAAGCAACCUAACAACAAGGCUGGUGCUCAGUACGGUGUUGGAUACUGUGACUCUCAGUGCCCGCGUGACCUGAAGUUCAUCGGCGGUCAGGCCAACGUUGAGGGGUGGCAACCCUCAUCCAACAACUCCAACACCGGCCUCGGCAAUCACGGAUCUUGCUGUGCAGAGCUUGAUAUCUGGGAGGCUAACAGUAUCUCAGAAGCCUUGACCCCUCAUCCUUGCGAUACAUCGUCACAAACUGUAUGCACCGGCGAUGCCUGCGGUGGUACCUACAGCAAUGACCGUUAUGGUGGUACUUGCGAUCCCGACGGAUGUGAUUUCAACCCUUACCGAGUUGGUGUCACUGACUUCUACGGCCCCGGAAUGACCAUUGACACUACCAAGCCCGUGACUGUAGUAACUCAGUUCGUCACUAAUGACGGUACCUCAAGCGGUACCCUUUCUGAGAUCAGACGCUACUAUGUCCAGAAUGGUAAGGUCUUUGCACAGCCUUCUUCCAAGAUUGACGGAAUUAGCGGAAAUGCCAUCAAUUCCGACUACUGCUCCGCUGAGAUUUCCACUUUCGGUGGCAACCCUUCGUUCACUAAGCAUGGUGGUUUGGCAGGUGUGAGCACAGCACUUAAGAAUGGUAUGGUUUUGGUGAUGAGCUUGUGGGACGACUACUCCGUCAACAUGCUUUGGCUCGACAGCACCUACCCAACAAAUGCCACUGGUACUCCUGGCGCAGCUCGUGGUACCUGCUCCACAUCCUCUGGUUCACCCAAGACCGUUGAGGCCAACUCACCUAACGCCCAUGUUAUCUUCUCGGAUAUCCGAGUUGGUCCCUUGAACUCUACUUUCAGUGGCUCUGGUACUUCUACCCCUGGCGGUGGUAGCAGCACUACAACCAGCCCGGGUUCCACUACCACUACUCCCGGAAGUGGAAGUGGAAGUGGAGUUGCUUCGCAUUACGGACAGUGUGGUGGUCAGGGAUGGACUGGCCCAACCACCUGUGCUAGUGGAUUUACUUGCACUGUUAUAAACCCUUACUACUCGCAAUGCCUGUAGAUGGUUGAUAUCGGUUGGAUGGGAAAUGACAGACAGGAGAGAAAUAUCAAA